UUUGCCAUUCGGGAUUUAACGUGUUGGCAGUGAAGAAAAUUAUCAACAGUAGUUUUAUUAUUAUUUGGAGGUUGUGUUAUUGGUUAUGUAUUUCAUUGUUUAGCAUUAACAAUCUGCGUUGAGCAGUUUAAGGUUCAGAUGUGAACGAUAUCCUGCAAAAUCAGGUAUCUUAACCUACUUAUAAAUAUAUACGCUACAUUUGAAACGAGAUUGUUAGCCUAAUAAGUUGCACCUAGAAUGCCACCUUUAAAGGUUAUUUCGGUUGGUCGAUGUGUGGUUCCUACUUGCGGGGCUCAAAGAGGCAGUAUUACCGUUCAUCGACUUCCUAAAGAUCCAGUUCGACUGAACAUAUGGAAGCAGGCAAUUAAAAACCCAGAGAUCGAUAACAUCGACCCUUCGACGUUAACGACGAGAUAUGUCAUCUGUAAACGUCACUUCGAUUCGGACUCUUAUGUACCCAGCACAAUGAGACCCACGCUGCGAGAGUGGGCAAUUCCGACGUUACAUCUUCCUGAAGAGAGUGUGAGUGCAAAUACUAUAUCUUCAAAUACUGGAGAAACUGAUGACGAUGCUGAAUACGAGUUUAGUACGUUGACAAAUAAUUCUGAUGAGGAUGCUACGUACAAUGAUUAUGGAAAUCAAAGUUCAUCUGGGGAAUGUAAUGAGAUAUAUGAAUCAGAGGAAGGUAAUCUGUAUGAUGCCGAAGAUGUAGACAGAGGAGUUACCACUUCAGUUCCUCAAAAGGUUUAUCAUAGAACUUUUAAAAAUUUUGGGGAGAUGAAAUCAGAUAAAUUAUUAAUGACAUCGCUUGAAAAGCGAAGUCGAGAUGAAUUAAUGCUGGAACUUAUUCGAGUUCGAAAGAAGGUAAAAGUAUUACAGCAAGCCAACCGUCGGCUGAAUACUCAAGUGCACAACUUGAAAUGCUUAAAUAAAAACCUUAAAGAUAGGCUUGUAAAGGAUUCAAAAACUAAACUUCGGGCAUUAAAAGAGUCCAAUUACAUUAAUAAUUUCAAGCUAGUGAAUAACAUUUCUGACGCACAGCCAGUAGAGGAAACAUCAAAUGUUUGAAGUUAUAUCAUAUUAACUCGUGAUGCGAAAACUGUUAUGUUUAGGUAAAUUAAGGAAGUAGGUACAUCUCACAGUUUUUAAAUAUACACACUUUGUAUCAUUUCUGACUUAAUUCUGACAAAUUCCAGCAUAUUCAAAUUAUUAUAAAGGAAAGGAACAAAAAGAAAAAAAUUCCAGAUAUCAGCAGAAAUGUAAUUGCUAUUUGAUUUUUCUGUUAAAUUUCUUGUUGACUCUUAUAUUCUACCGAGAGAUUUAAUAAACAAAGGUGUAUCUAAUUCCUUAAAUUAUUUUCAUAUAAUUUACACAAGAAUAAUUACGAAUUUAAGAGAGAAUACGCGUUUUCCCAUUUUUGUUCUUAUUGUUAGCAUCUAACGUACAUUAUAUUAAAUACCGUGACGUGUUGUAUUAUUUUUGCUAAAGUAUAUGUAUAUAAUGUGAUAAUAUAAAAUUGUAUUUAGACGGAAUAUAUCCCAAAUUGGAAUAUAUAUCGUAUCAUAAGACUUAGAUUAAUGUAUGAGGUAUUUAAAAUAAGUAUGUAACUGUAGAUUGUCAAAUAAUUUAUAAGUCGAAGAAUCUGGCUAUCUUGAAGAGCGAAUAUUUCGUCUAUCGAAUGAAAAGAUAAUUUUUAUUAUUGUCAAACGUCUAUUAUUUACAUCAAAUUGAAUGGGAGAAAAUUUUGCAUUUCAUAUAUAUUAAUAUAUAGGAUGUUUUCCAUGAUACACCAAA